AUGGGAGACUUUGGACCGCCCGUAGCGGUACCCGAGACGGAGGUACCUAGUCUUGCUCCGUCGUCAUUGACAGAUCCAGAUGAAGUCUCGGUACUCGUGACAGGAUUCGGUCCGUUUAAAACCAACAUCGUCAAUGCCUCGUAUUUGAUUGCCUCCUCUCUACCACAGUCGCUUGAGCUUCCUUCGGCGGAGCCGUCUGUAUCCGGGCCUGCUUCUCGUCGAAUUUCAAUUCACGUGCAUCCAUCUCCCAUUCCCGUCGCCUACUCAACAGUGCGAACAGCCAUUCCAGCCAUCCUAAAGGAUUACGCCGAGUCCCAUGGAGGUCGACGACCAGACAUCGUGCUCCAUAUGGGCAUAGCGGCCACAAGAUCAUACUACUCAAUUGAGACUAAAGCACAUCGAGAUUCUUACCAUUUAUCUGAUAUCAAAGGUAGAAUCGGGUAUGAGGAUGGAGAGAAGGUAUGGAGGGAGCACCAGCUCCCGCCAGUGCUCCAGGCUGGUCCUGCGACGGAUCCCACAGACAUAGUACAGAAGAAUCUCAACCCCCAGCCGCCCAAUGACGACUUCCUCAGCGCGUGGAAGUCGUUUGUAUCUCCUGGAGCAGACGUUCGGAUAUCAGAGGACGCCGGACGCUACCUCUGCGAGUUCAUCUUUUAUACAAGCCUGGCACAGGCGUUCCAACAAGGCCAGAACAGAAACGUCGUGUUCUUCCAUGUGCCUGGGUCUUGCGCCGACGAGGACAUUGAGAGAGGGACAGAUAUUGCCGCUGGGUUGAUCAAAGCUCUUGUAACAAGCUGGGUUAGCGGGCAGGUAUAA